AUGGCGGAGGUGCUGAGCCUGCAGCUGCUGACUCUCUGGCUGGUGUGUCACGCAGACAUCCCUCCAGCUGGCUCCCCAGCCUCCAGCCCCAGGCCAUGGCUGGGCGCUCAGCCCGCUGCAGUUGUGAUCCCCGGGGUCAAUGUCACCUUGAGGUGCCAGGCACCCCAGCCCGCCUGGAGGUUUGCACUCUUCAGGUCUGCAGAGCUCACUGCUGUGAUUCACCGGGAUGUAGCUGUGGAACUGGCGGAGUUCUUCCUGGAGGAGGUGACCCCAGCCCAGGGGGGCAGUUACCAAUGCUGCUACUGGAGGCGAGGCUGGGGGCCAGAUGUCUGGUCCCACCGCAGUGAUGCCCUGGAACUGCUGGUGACAGGUGAGACCCGGGGUCCAGACCCCACACCUCCGCCCCAGACCCGGGGUCCAGACCCCACACCUCCGCCCCAGACCCGGGGUCCAGACCCCACACCUCCGCCCCCAGACCCGGGGUCAGACCCCACACCUCCACCCCCAGGCCCGGGGUCAGACCCCACACCUCCGCCCCCAGGCCCGCGGUCCAGACCCCACACCUCCGCCCCCAGGCCCGCGGUCCAGACCCCACACCUCCGCCCCCAGACCCGGGGUCAGGACCCACACCUCCGCCCCCAGACCCGGGGUCGAAGCCCUGCUCCCAUGCNGUCCAGGACCCACACCUCCGCCCCCAGACCCGGGGUCAGGACCCACACCUCCGCCCCCAGACCCGGGGUCGAAGCCCUGCUCCCAUGCAGCCCCUUCAAGGGCUCGGGCGCCUCGGACUACACCCAGGGCAACGUCCUCCGCCUGGCGCUGGCGGGCCUGGUCCUCAUCUCGCUGGGUGCGCUGGUCGUCUUCGACUGGCACAGCCAGAAUCGCGCCUCUGGCAACGUCUGGGCCUGAGCCCGGGCUGGCAGAGAAGACUUCCCAGAGAGGAAGGAGAAGACGCUGGGGUCCCAUGGCUGGACCGGCCCUGCCAGCAGCCCCACAGCCCAGCUUCCCGAGUAAUAAUGACCUUGCACCGCGACCUGGAUCAUCCUUCUGGGUCAUAUCUCCAGGACCUCCCAGAUCAGUAGAAGGCACUGUCAGUGGUUAAGCCUUCCUAGCCAGUAAGACCUGAGAUCGAAUCCCAGUGC